UUUCGAUCGCGGGAAGUGUCACUGUCGUAACGCUGUGUCUACGAAAGGCAAACGGCACCAACAUGGAUCAACAACAGUACUGCCUCAAGUGGAGCAACUAUUCAUCCAACCUGGCGGCGGCCUUCUCGAACCUGUUCGAUUCCGCCACACUCACAGAUGUCACGUUGGUUUGUGGAGGGACCGUAUUCAAUGCACACAAGGUCAUACUAGCGGCAUGUUCGAAAAACUUCGCCGAUCUGUUCGAACGGGCCCCGACCGGCACGGGACAGAUAUGCGUAAUGUUGGAAGCAACCUCCGCCGACAACAUGCACGCACUGCUCGAGUUUAUGUACAAGGGCGAAGUACACGUGUCACAGAAAGCGCUGGAAAGUUUUCUGAAAGCGGCUGAGAAUUUGCAGGUCAAAGGACUCACCACAGAACAUGGCCGCUUUGCGAGCGCCAAUGCCAGCCAACCGUCACAGUCGCCCUUUCACGGGCCGCCAAACGAUCUGCCAUCACCUGCCAUUCGCCGCCAGCAGCGCAACAGUCUCUCGUCCUCGAUGGAAUCGAUCAACCGAGCGGUAAAGCGGGAAACCGAUAGUAUAAUCGCAAGCAGUGGUGCUGGUGGAGCUGCUGGUGGCAACGGAUCCAGCCACGGUAGCGGUACCGGUGGAGCUGGAACAGGCAAUGUAAGUAGCGGUGCGGAUCGAGGCAGCAGCGGCACGGAUCGAGCUGGUCGAGGAAGUGAUCGAGGUGAGGGCGGAGGUGGUGGUGGUGGUGGAGGAGGCGGUGGUGGUGGCGGUGGCGGUGGCGGUAGUACACCAGCAUCCAGUUUCUCGCCGUACCUGCAACCGUCGUCCUAUCUGCCAGGAUCUUACGAGAACCGCAAACGAUCACUACGAAGUCCAUUCUACGAGCAUCAGGAAGCGACGCGGGACAGUGUAUUACGAGAUGGGAAAGCAAGCGCGGGUAAUGGCAGUCCGGUAAGUGGUAGCAAAAACUAUCGACCGUCCAGCAGUGGUUCUUCGGCGACACCAACGGAAGCAGACACUAUACACACGGAUCGGGAUUCACCGCAACAGUCCAAUCGGUAUGAAAACCACAGUCCCAGCACAACCCACCAUGGCCAUGGUAACGGACCGGUAUCGUCAAACACAAUGGAUCGAGAGGAUCGCAACGAUCACAACGGCUCAGUGGAUCACAAAGUGAAACACGAAAGUCGGGAAGGCAAUGAGGCUGGAGCGGAAGAUUUGCGUGUAAAAAUGGAAAUGCGACCCAUCCAAUCGCCUCUUAGGUCAUCGGCACCAUCCACCCCAACCACACCGUUAGGGUUUAUUAAUGUGAAGGGCGGUCUGGAGGCAGCGAUACCGUCAGUGGAUAUGUUGGGCAUGAUCAGCACACCGCGGGAAAGCGUCACGACGGCGGACGGUUUGCUCUGCGUUCCAGGCAAAAAGCUACAGUGUCCACUGUGCGAUCGGCAAUACGGUUACGAAACGAAUCUGCGGGCGCACAUACGCCAGCGGCAUCAGGGUAUACGCGUGCCAUGCCCGUACUGCAGUCGAACGUUUACCCGCAAUAACACCGUCAGAAGGCAUAUCGCCCGGGAGCACAAACAGCAGACGCAGUUUAUGCCCAGCCAACUGCACAGCUAAGUGCAGCGUGCGUUGCCGGACGUCGAAGUUUG